AUGUCUGGUAUUUUUGAGCAGCCGCGAAAUGCGGGCACUCUCUUCUUGGGUGGGCAGAAAAUCAGCGGAGCAGAUGUCCGGGAUCAGAAUGUUCUUGCGACGCAAGCCAUCGCCAAUGUCGUCAAGAGCUCCUUCGGCCCUUCCGGUCUGGAUAAGAUGAUGGUGGAUGAUAUCGGUGAUGUCACGGUCACGAACGAUGGAGCUACUAUUCUGAGUCUUCUGGAUAUCGAACACCCUGCUGGAAAGAUCUUGGUGGAUCUGGCACAGCAGCAGGACAAGGAGGUUGGAGAUGGUACCACUUCUGUCGUCCUGAUUGCCUCCGAGCUCCUAAAACGAGCAAACGAGCUUAUGAAGAACCGUAUUCAUCCCACUACCAUCAUCACUGGUUACAGACUAGCUCUCCGAGAAGCUGUCAAGUACAUGAACGAGAACAUCAGCACGAAGGUCGAGAGCUUGGGCAAGGAGAGUCUUAUCAGCAUCGCUAAGACAUCAAUGUCUAGUAAGAUCAUCGGCGCUGAUGCAGACUUCUUCGCCAACAUGGUUGUGGAUGCGAUGUUGCUGGUCAAGUCAACCAACCAGAAAAACGAGGUUAAGUACCCCGUGAAGGCUGUGAAUCUUCUCAAGGCGCACGGAAAGAGUUCCACGGAGUCCAUUCUCGUUAAUGGUUAUGCCUUGAACUGCACGGUCGCCUCGCAGGCUAUGAAGACCCGGAUAACUGAUGCCAAGAUCGCCUGUCUGGACAUGAACCUACAGAAGGAGAGGAUGAAGUUGGGCGUCCAGAUCACUGUCGAUGACCCUCAGCAACUCGAGAAGAUCCGUGAACGAGAGUCUGGUAUCGUCCUGGAGAGAGUAGAGAUGAUUCUCAAGUCUGGAGCGAAUGUCAUCCUCACCACGAAGGGUAUCGACGACAUGGUUCUGAAGCUCUUUGUUGAAAGAGGCGCGAUGGCCGUACGAAGAUGCAAGAAGGAGGACCUAAGACGGAUAGCAAAGGCCACCGGGGCUACCCUUGUCAGCACUCUCUCAGAUCUGAACGGCGAUGAGAAGUUCGAGACGUCAUACUUGGGACAUGCGGAAGAAGUUGUCCAGGAGCGGAUAUCGGACGAUGAGUGCAUCCUUGUCAAGGGAACCAAGGUUCACACCUCUGCUUCGAUCAUUCUUCGAGGACCCAACGACUUCCAGCUGGACGAGAUGGAGCGCUCCGUGCACGACUCUCUCUGCGCUGUGAAGAGGACACUCGAGAGUGGUAGCAUUGUCCCCGGUGGUGGUGCUGUCGAGACUGCUCUUCAUGUCUACCUGGAGGAAUUCGCUGUCACAGUGAGCUCCCGUGAGCAACUCGCGAUUGGUGAAUUCGCUCAAUCUCUCCUUAUCAUCCCCAAGACUCUCACUGUCAACGCUGCCAAGGACUCAUCCGAACUUGUCGCCCAGCUGCGUGUACGCCACGCGCUUUCCCAGAGCCUCCAGGAAGGAAAUGCCAACGAGGACGAGAAGGCUAUUGCUAAGAAGAAGACGUACAAGAACUACGGUCUCGACCUCGCGAAGGGCCGUGUGCACGAUAGUAUCAAGGCUGGUGUGCUCGAGCCUAGCAUGAGCAAGAUCAAGCAGCUGAAGAGUGCCGUCGAAGCCUGUAUUGCUAUCAUGCGUAUCGAUACCAUGAUCAAGCUGGACCCCGAACAGCCGGCAGAGGAUGAUGGACAUGGACACUAG